AUGAAGCUGUCCAGUGUCAUCCCUUGGGCCUUGCUGCUCAACACAGCCUCAUCAGAUUCAACUGACGGGCUUCUCUUUAAAGAUAAACAUUUGUGUGGGGACCUUUAUGAAGAGGAAUAUGGAGUGAUCCUCCCCUAUCUGGGACUGCAUACGGAAUGCCUCUGGAUCAUCAAGAUGGACCCAGGUUACAAAAUUCUUUUGGAAGUACGCUAUGUCCACCUCAACUGUGAUAAAGAGUCUCUCGAGAUUAUAGAUGGGCCGCCAGAAUCUUCUAACUCACGGAAGAUUUGUGACACUUCACACGCGGAAUACACAUCUUGUACCAACACCAUGACCGUCAAGUACACAAGAAAGCCCAACCACCCAGCCCCUGACUUCUUAUUAAUUUUCCGUCGUGUGUUGUAGGGUAGGUUUUAGAGAGCAGAGACCUGCAGCCAUGCCCUCUCCUGUCUGUGAAUGGCUCCAUGGGAGCUAGAUGUGUGGUAUUUACAUGACUGUUGAAAUAAACUUGACCAUCACUGGUGAGUGACAGGCAGGGUGACUACUGAGGCUCUCCAGAAUCAUCCACCAGUUCUAUCCCAGCCUUUCUGCAAACCCCGGAUUUUUGAGUUGGAAAGUCCUGAUAUGAAAAUUCUUUGACAAAUUGUAUUUUUCAUCUUGAUGAUGUGAAAAUUUCCUCCCAAAGAUAAAAUUUCCCUUCU